AUGUUGUCCUUGCAAGCCGAAAAAGUCAGAGGAUGGAAGUUGGUGCAGAAAUGUUUGCCUCGCAUUAUCGAAUAUGGAAGAAGUGAAGGAAUUUUGGUGGUUCCCAGCCCAGUCGAUACUUUUAAUAUCACCGGCAUUGUUCAAGCGGCACAAGAAGAAGCUCAGACCCAAAAAGAAGCAAAAAGUAGUGACAAGGUAAAUCUUCCUACAAACGACCUAACAUUGAUGCAUGAAGCAAUCCCGUUUCUACCUCUUCCAGUUGCCCUUUUUUGUAUGAUGAUGAAUGUUAUUAUUCCAGGAACAGGUACCAUACUCUCUGGAGUGUCAGCUUUGUGUCUUGGCCAACCGCGGGUGAAUAUGAAAGAAGGACGAAAGCUGGUCACGUUAGUUGUUAACCUGCUGGUGGGCAUAAGCCAGUUCUUCACGAUAACAUUUCUCUUUGUUGGAUGGUUUUGGAGCAUCGCCUGGGGUGGCCUACUUGUUAUUCACUCAAUGCAGUAUCGUGAAGCCCUUCAACAACGUCGACAGGAAGCAGUAGCUACUGCUGCAAUCGAGGCUCUUACUAAAGAUUCCAUCUUACACAGGAGGGACGUCAAAACCCUUGUCAAGACACAUAAACAACAAACAAAAGAUAAGAAAGAAAAGGAAAAUGCCUGA